AACCAGAGAAGGCUAUGGGAGGAACCACGGCGUGAGAUUUCUUCAUUGCAACCCACACGUGACCCUGCAGCAGUUCCAGGUGGUUUGAGCUAAAAGGGAGAAUAUGGAACUGAAGUGGAUGCUGUGUGUCCUGUUGCUGGGCCUGAGUUGGAGUGCUACCCUGGCUCAGGAGGAAGGAGAUGAUGUGGACAUCGAUGUGGAGGAUGAGGUGGGGGAUGCAGAUGAGGCAGCAGUGGAGAGUGAAGAUGCCGCCCCCAGCUCCCCUCCCCCUCCCAGGGUUACCUAUAAGCCUCCAGUACCAACAGGGGAUGUGUACUUUGCCGAGUCCUUCGAUAAAGGAACACUGGACGGAUGGGUUGUGUCAAAAGCUAAGAAGGAGGACGCUGACGAGGAGAUCGCAAAGUAUGAUGGACAGUGGGCUGUGGAAGAAAUGAAGAGCUCCAGACUUCCAGGGGAUAAAGGUCUGGUUCUGAAGUCUCGGGCCAAGCACCACGCCAUCUCUGGCAAACUGAAGAGGCCUUUUGUCUUUGACACCAAGCCUCUCAUCAUUCAAUAUGAGGUGAAUUUCCAGAAUGGGAUUGACUGUGGUGGUGCCUAUGUGAAACUUCUCUCCAAGACCCCAGACCUGGACCUGGAUCAGUUUGUGGAUAAGACUUCAUACACCAUUAUGUUUGGCCCUGACAAGUGUGGUGAGGAUUACAAACUGCACUUCAUCUUCCGACACAAGAACCCCAAAACAGGAGAGUACGAGGAAAAGCACGCCAAGAAGUCAGAAACUGACCUCCGGACGUACUACAGCGACAAGAAAACCCACCUCUACACCUUGGUCUUGAACCCUGACAACAGUUUUGAGAUCCUGGUUGACCAGACAGUGAUCAACAGUGGGAACCUGCUGAGCGAUAUGAGCCCUGCUGUGAACCCCCUGCCAGAGAUUGAAGACCCUGAUGACCAGAAGCCUGAAGACUGGGACGAGAGGCCCAAGAUCCAGGAUCCUGACGCCGUCAAACCUGAGGACUGGGAUGAAGAUGCCCCAGCGAAGAUCCCUGACGAGAGUGCUGUCAAACCAGAGGGCUGGCUGGAUGAGGAGUCUGAAUAUGUUUCUGACCCUGACGCGCUCAAGCCCGAGGACUGGGAUGAAGAGAUGGAUGGAGAGUGGGAAGCCCCCCAGAUUGCCAACCCUAAAUGUGAGGCAGCGCCAGGCUGUGGAACCUGGGAGCGUCCCAUGAUCGACAACCCCGACUACAAGGGCAAGUGGACGGCACCAAUGAUGGACAACCCCAACUACCAGGGAGUGUGGAAGCCAAGGAAGAUCCCAAACCCUGAUUUCUUUGAGGACCUGCAUCCCUUCCGCAUGACCCCGUUCAGUGCCGUGGGCCUGGAGCUCUGGUCCAUGACCUCUGACAUCUUCUUCGAUAACUUCAUUGUGUGCUCGGACCGUGCCGUGGCAGAGCAGUGGGCUAACGAUGGCUGGGGUCUGAAGCAGGCAGCUGAGGGAGCCGCUGAGCCCGGGCUGGUGGGUCAGAUGAUGACGGCUGCGGAGGAGCGUCCUUGGCUCUGGGUGGUCUACGUCCUCACCGGGGCCCUGCCCGUCUUCCUCAUCAUCGUCUUCUGCUGUUCUGGAAAGAAAACUCCAUCUGAUGCCAAGUACAAGAAGACGGAUGCGCCACAGCCUGAUGUGAAGGAUGAUGCAGAGGAGAAAGAGAAGAAAACUGAGGGGGAAGAGGAGGAGGAGGAGGAGGAGGUGGAGGCGGAGGCGGAGGCAGACGAGGAGAAGCCAGGUAAGAACUCUCCUGAAGAGAAGCAGACAAGUGACGGUGAGGACAGUCCUGCGAACAAAAGCCAGGACAAGGGGGAGGAAGAGGAUGAAGAAAAUGAUGAUGCUGCUAACAAAACGGACGAGAUAAAAGACGACGAUGUCUUACGAAGAUCCCCUAGAAACAGAAAGCAGAGAAAAGACUAAACUACAGCCACCUCAAGUAGCAGUCUGGCAGUCUUCAAUUUGCAACAUCUUCUGGACUAUUUCACUGCAGCAGUAACAACCAUCACCACAAAAAAAGGAAACAAUCAUGACCAGAAACUAUGGACAUCAUGAUUCUAAAUAGAAUAGAGACUGGCUUUAUAAAAAGAAUACUAGAUAAAAACCAUUCAUUUUAAUGCAGCAGAAACUAUCCUUGGGGACACCCCCCCCCCCGCCCCAAUAAAUCUUUAUUACUCAAGCAAAAGACAGAUAACACCAGGCACCUCCAGCUCCAUUACCCUCUCCAAAACGAGCAGUACCCUGUGGAAGAAUGUCAUGCUGGGUUUGAAUUAGCAGGAGCCACUGGCAACUGUUAUGCUUCUACUGUGCUUUGCUUGUUUCACCUAUGUGUAGGAGGCAGUGUGGCAUGUUUUUAUUUAGCCAAAAGAUAAUGGUUUCAAAUCCAAAUAAAGCAACAAGAGGUACAUGGCACAGGUUAAACUUGCAUAUUUUGAAACAUUCCUGUUAAAGCAAGGGCUUUAACAUUAUAAGCUUGUGGGUGGAAACUUGAAUUGAAUAUCACGGUUUACAUAGCUCAUUUGUAUUUACAGUGAUACACAUAAAAAAAAAUCAUCUGAAAAGGGACAAACCUUACUUAAUUUUAAUUGGUAGGCUUUCUUCUGGGAGUAGUGUUCUCUGGAGGGUUUGGUUGAGCACAUUAACUUAUUUCCUGUUAAUAGCUCAAGAUCCAAAAGCUGAAAUUUCACUUUUUUGCAAUCCUUAAAUUAACAUUUGUUUUUGAUAUGUUCUUUUCUCUGUUGCUUAGUCCAAUUGCUCCUCCCCCUGCUCUCAGGUUAGAGAAAGCUGCCUUAUUGUAAAAGAGGAGUUGAAUGCCAGGAUUGAUGAAUGAGUUCUUGAAUGUAAUGUGAAAAAGGGGGGUUUUAUAUAUUGUUACUUUAAUAGUAGUUUCAACAUUUGUUUUAAUUUUUUUUUUUUUAAUUCUUUAACACACAUUCUAAAAUUGUUUUAAUGUAAAACGACAGUUUCCUGAUAUGCAUCUUUCAAAGAAAACAAAAAGACUAAGAAAUGGGUUCUGUUUUGGUUUGACACUCCUAGGAUAUAAAGGCACAGCAGAAUCUCCCUGUAGAAAACCAUGCUAAAGAAAUAUACCUCAAGGACGAUCAUUGCUGAUUUGUGUAUUUAAAAUUGAAGGGAGGACAGGGAGCAAUAAACCAAAGGGCUGAUGUUGUGACUCGGUUUGGGAACUUUCCACACCAGUGUAUUAUUGAAUGGGUGUGACUAAACUGCGACAGUGUCACCCGUGUCUAUCCAGCUUCAUCUGUCAUUUUGUUUCUUGCUUAUUAAAAUAGUCCUAGCAUCACACGUCAUUGAAACACGUUUUAAAUACACUAAAUUUAACCUCUCUAAAUAUAUUCCAGUGCAGCAAUGGUAACGUUUGGAUGGUUUAAAUCUCAAAUAAAAUAAAUCUGUUUAAUCUUCCUUGCCUUAAUGGUGCAAAUAAUACCGCUCUUCCAUGAGAUUGCUCCAAUAAGAACAGGCAUGGCUGUACUUAUUGGCAAUGUUAUAUAGCAACGAUAAAUAUAGCAUCACUAACAUGUCUGUUGGUAGUACUAUAAUUCUGUUUAAUCCAGCCCCAUAUACUGUAUGUACAUGUAUUUCACCUUGGGUUAGCAGAAAUCAUGUUAAAUCUAUGGCUUGCCCAUUUUAAAUGAAUACAAUUCAGCCGGCACUUCGCCAACACCAUCUAGAACUACUUCACAGUAAACGUACAAAAUAAUUGAUGAUGCUAUUACUAGUUACACUGCAACUCCUCUGUAGACGACUAGAAUGUAUAUAUUUUUUUAAAGUUACUAAUGAAUUAAGUUGCACUGUGUACAACAUCCUGGCCAGUGGAAUCAGAAGCCCUUUGAGCUCUAACCCCAAGACUUAAGAAUAGGCACUUUGAAGUAACUUUGAGGAGUAUUUGUUAUGUGAUUAAUUUGUACUUGGCUGUACCUGAAAAUCUGCUGGAAGAUGCAGUUAGUUUGGUGAUUGAUGCCCAUAUAAACAACAUUAGUGUGCUGGUUCCAGCCUUCCUAACCCUACAACACCGAAGUACAGUAUUUACUUGUGAUAGAUUUUUGCCUUGGGUGUGUUAAACAUCUUUUUAACAUACAUUCAUUUUUAAGGUAAUUCUGUAAUUAUGAAUGGAAUGGGGGAGAAGAAAUGUACACAGUUUGAGAAAAUUCUUAAAUAAGAAGUGCAGAUAAUAUAAACAAAUAUAAUGACAUCAGAUUUUGUCCAGAUAAGCUAUUUUUAAAUCAUGUGGCAGGUUGGGGAACAAUAUAGAUAUUUAUUUUCCCUCGGGUCUAUUUGGCUGUUGCUACAGAAGGAGCCUGUUUGAUAUGCAGAGGUGGAAGACUGCUAAAUUAUGCUCCAGAGAGCUAAGGGACAAGAGGCUCUUGCUCUGGUCCCUGUAGCAUUUCCCCCCUUUAUCCUUUUGAAUAUAUUUACUUUUCUAACCAAGUAGGGUUUUCUUGCCAACCCUUUGGACAGACUUCAUCUUCCACAGAGUAUUCCUUUUAGACAAUAGGCUUAGUCAACAUUGUCUGGGUUCUUUCCCCAUCCUACAUUAAUAUUGUGUCUGUGGAAAAUGAAUAUCCCUGGUAAACCAGUAUACAAUGCCUCAAAUAGUUUUGAAUUGGGGGCACUAGCUGAUUUUCUCCCAACCUUGUCUAAUCUGGGAUAACAGAUCUGGAUUUGCUUUUCCUUAGAACUCCCUACUAACCACAGAUCUUCCCACAUGUACUAUUCCCUGUAAUUUGAGUGGCUUGCCUGUCAAUCUCGUAUAGUUAUGGUGAGUUUUUGUAUGGACGUGGGCCCUGCAGAGUACCUUACCAGUAGCAUACUGGACCCUACAGAACCUUUAAUCAUGCACAGAGUAGAACAAUAGAAACAUUUUGCAAUGCUGUUUUUUAACAUUAACAACUACAUUGAUGAUGUUGAAAACAAAAAGUAUUGUUCUUGAUAUCAGUUCAGCAUAUUUAAAAUGAAACUUUGUCAGCUAUUACAUUUCUUGAUAUCUGAAAUUCAAUUUUAAGAGUGGGGACGAAAGAAAAGUUUUAAUAAUUGAAUUUCUCACUGAAGAAAGGUAAUGUCCAAAUCAUAACAGAGAGUAAGAAACUUCAAAUGCUAUCAUUUAUAAAUAGAAAGAUGAGAUGUACUUGCUAUUGAAAAAUAAAAAUACUGAUAACCUGA